AUAAAAAAAUCAAUCACAUGUCUUUUGUUCGGAUCUCCUCUGAAACUUUCUCUUUUCACUCUCCCUCUCCACACAAAGAAGGCUAUCGAGCACCUCACCAGUCACCACAGCUAAUCAUUGCGCCGCCUCGGCUCCAUCGCCCGUGACUUCGACGGGGAGUUCGAGAUCGAGUACUUGCUUUCUUUCCAAUGGAGGAUGGAAUGGAAGUACAUAAAAAGAGCAAGAAAGCUACUCCUUCAGAGUCUAAUUUACAGUGGAGUCAGUGGCAAUUGCUCGAUUCCAUCCUCCCUACCGGUGGGUUCGCUCAUUCUUUUGGUCUUGAGGCUGCAAUCCAAGCCCGCUUAAUAUCAGGUCCUGAGGAUCUUCAAACUUUUGUGAUCCAUGUUUUAGAGAAUACUGGAAGCUUACUCCUUCCUUUUGUUUAUUCUGCAACCAUGUCACCUGAUUUGGAAACCUGGUAUAAACUUGACAGAACAUUAGAUGCAAUGCUAACUAAUGAAGUGGGUCGAAAGGCAUCAUAUACACAAGGAUCAGCACUUCUGAGGGUCGCUGCCGCUGUCUUUUCAGAAAUCCCAGCCCUUAAAUCCAUGAGAGAUAGCUCUCUAGGUUCUGGGGUUGUUUCUUUCCACCAUGCUCCUAUAUUUGGGCUUGUAUGUGGACUUCUUGGGUUGGAUAGCACAGCUUCUCAGAGAGCUUACUUGUUUAUUACGAUGAGAGAUGUUGUUUCUGCUGCAACAAGGCUGAAUUUGGUAGGACCUCUAGGUGCAGCUGUAUUGCAGCAUCGGAUUGCUUUUCUUGCUGAAGCUAUCCUGAAAAAGUGGGCAGACCGUACUGUUGAGGAAGCAUGUCAAACCGCUCCCUUGCUGGAUACCGUCCAGGGCUGCCAUGGUUACUUGUUUUCUAGACUAUUCUGCUCCUGAGAGCAAAAGCAAUUCCAUCAGCAUGUUGCCUUUGUCGUUCUGUACUGAUGCUAGAACUUGUGUGAACUUUUUGAUUUUGUUCUAGGCAUAAAAAUUAAAUUUUUUUUUCUAGAAUAA